GUUUGUUCGUCGUCUAUCCUCUUUUGCAGAACACCUGUUAAGUUCACUUGUUUCACAUCACAAAAUAGCUCAUUAGAAGGAAGAGAGCAAGCGAAGGAAAUUUUUUCAAAUGGAAACUAAUCCAGCCUAUGAUUUCAGGGCCACACUCCAGUCCAGUAGGUGGUGAUAAUAAACUAAAAGCUGGCUGUACCUCCGCCAAUAAAAACAAGAAAGAAUAACUCUCUUUAUGGUUCACUGCUUUAAAACACGAAUGCGACCAUUCGCCGCAGCGAAUUACAUCACUUGGUGGUAAUGAAAGAACUGUGUGCCAUGGAAUUCCGAUGUGAUUUGGUGAUAACAACACUGCAAAGUGAAGGAGUAUAAACAAGCAGAAAUCACGGGCAAGCCUAAUUGUGCCAAUUUAGCAUGCUGUCAACAACGGGACUUGCACAGGAUCAAGAGGGAGCUGCACUGCUGCACACCUCUGAGCAGCAGUGUGAUGCAGACAGGAGUCUGUCUGAGACAGGACACAGAGGCAACACUACCAGAGCUAACUGAGCAGCACAGGAUCAGACAGAAAGAAGAGGAACUCAGUGGUCUGGAGUCAGAGACAGAGUGUGCUGCACCAGGACUCAACAUACUGGAGCCAGUGUGCGAUACAGCACACAGCAGAGUCAGUGAUGUAGACCUCACACACACAUCACUGAUUAAAACAGAAAAUGAUCUGGGCUCCACCCACACUGGGGAUCCUAAGACAGAGAAACUAGGCAGCAUGGAGCUGGAAUAUGUAACCCAUCUGCAUCCUGACCAAAUCAAAACCGAGGCCGAUGAUGGAGGAUAUGCAGAUCGCAUCAGUGACUUGCGGGGUAUUAUAUGUGUUGACAUUAAAUCCAAUCAAAUGAAGUGUGAAUCCAGUGAAAUUUUAGUGAGUGAUCUCAUGGAUACUGUGAAGACUGGAUCUGGUGUUGAUCACAAAGAUCCGGCUGAACCAUGGCAAUGUUCCGGCAAGCCAAACCCAAACUGUAAAAAAGAAGAAAUUGAUGAUCUGCAGAUGCAGUGUGGGGACUUAAAUCGUCACGGCGACAUGAACAGUGAAAAUAACAUGACCAGAAUUUUCCAGAAAAGCAUAAGUAGUAGCAAGCCAUACAAGUGUACACAGUGUGAGAAGUGUUUUAUUAGAAAAUCUCAUUUUGAUAUACACCUGAGAAUUCAUUCGGAUGAAAAGCCAUACAGCUGUAUUCAAUGUGGGAAGUGCUUUUCCAAAAUGUAUAAUUUAAGUAUCCACCAAAGAAUUCAUACUGGUGAAAAGCCAUACAAGUGUACACAGUGUGAGAAGUGUUUUAGUACAAAUUCAGCAUUAACUAAACACCUGAGAAUCCAUACAGGUGAAAAGCCCUACAAAUGCCCUCAGUGUGGGAAGUGCUUUUCUGAAACCUCGCAUUUAAAUUGUCACCAAAAAAUUCAUACAGGUGAAAAGCUGUACAAGUGUACACAGUGUGAGAAGUGUUUUAGUACAAAAGCUUAUUUAGAUAUACAUCAGAGAAUUCAUACAGGUGAAAAGCCCAAUAUAUGUCCUCAGUGUGGCAAGUGCUUUUCCAGAAUUUCUCUUUUAAAUCAGCACCAGAGAAUUCACACAGGUGAAACCCCAUACAAGUGUACACAGUGCAAAAAGUGUUUUAGUACAAAAUAUUAUUUAGAUAUACACCAGAGAAUUCAUACAGGUGAAAAGCCCUACAAAUGUCCUCAGUGUGGGAAGUGUUUUUCCCACAAAUCAAAUUUAAGUAGCCACCAGAGAAUUCAUACCGGUGAAAAACAGACUUAUGUAUUUCGUUUUUAAGGAAAAAAUCUAUUUCACAUGACUCCCAUCAAAUUCAUACCAGGUUUUUUAUGAAUGCAUACAUUGUGGUGUACUUUGUAAAAUAAAUUAAAAAGUGCUAUACUAAUAAAAUUGAAUUAAACUGAACGGAAUUGAAAAAGACAUUGUCACAAAAA